AUGUCUUCUUCAUUGUGCUUCUCAUUUUUGUUAAUACUAUGGUUGUCAUUUCGAACAUUGGAUUUGUUUAACGACAUGUCGUUCUCCAAUGGUCUACCGUUCUUGUUUCUCAUGUGUUUUGAAUCUCUACCAUCCUCCAAUGGCCUGCCGUUUGGACCUAACCUCUCAUCACCCCUCCUGCCUUGCUUCUUGUCAUCAUCGGCUAUCCCACCGUUAGUUAGAUUCAAUGGAUCCCUUUCGGCGCCAGUUCUAUCUUUUCGUUGGCCCCUUUCCGUUCCGAAUUGGUUCAUAGGAUCACUCCCCCUUUCUGACCACUCCUUCCUGUUCGGGCCUUCUAUUCCCCUACCUUCUUGUUCCCCAUUUGAACGCGCAUUUAUUUCCGAUCGGUCUUUUAAACCUGGUCUACGCAAUGAAUCAAAGCCUGGCGGUUUUCCAGCUUCUCCCGGCCUCUGUGCACUAAUAGGGUCAAAGCCUGGCGGUUUUCCAGCUUCUCCCGGUCUCUGUGCACUAAUAGGAUCAAAGCCAGGCCGAUUUCCAGCUUCUCCCGGCCUCUGUGCACUGUCACGGCCAAAUCCAUGGGGGUUUCCCGCAUCUCCGGGCGGGCCGCCUGGAUAA